AUGGAGGCGGCGGCGAGGCGGUCGGCGGGGCAGCCGCAGCCGCAGCAGGAGAAGGGCAAGGGGAAGAGGAAGCGCGGCCCGGUGGAGCUGCGGCGGAUCGAGGACCGGACGAGCCGGCAGGUGCGCUUCUCCAAGCGCCGGAGCGGGCUGUUCAAGAAGGCCUUCGAGCUCUCCGUGCUGUGCGACGCCCAGGUCGCGCUCGUCGUCUUCUCCCCCGCCGGCCGCCUCUACGAGUUCGCCUCCGCCGACUCCAGCAUUGAAGAAACUUUUGGUCGAUAUUGGGACCUUGCCAACACAUUAAACGAUCUCAAUAUUGAAGCACGAGACUCAAGGAUUGACUGCAAUAUACAGGAGCAGCCAUCUACUGGAGGGUUACCUGAUCAGCUAAAUGUCGUUGCUCAAUGGGCCAUGGAAGCAAAUGCAAACGGGAUGAGCAUGGCCGACAUAAGAAGCUUGGAGGAAACAAUUACCGAACAAACUGAUGAUGAAGGUGAUUGGGUUGCCCAAACCUGUCAUUUGUGUGAACUAGAUUUUUUGCAGCAGAAAGAAGAAAAGCAGAAGGCCUCUGAAGACAUGGAGGAGGUGACUAUAUCUGUGGACUCCAGAGAGACGAGUAGCUCGAAACUGGAAAUGAGCCAUAUGUGUGUGUGA